CUCAUCACCACCUGCACCACCAUGCCUUGGCUUAUGAAGGCUGAGCCCGACACGCGCAUUGUGAAGGGAAAAGAUGUCAAGUUCUCUGUCGACGACUUCGAGGAGAUGGGAGAAUCGCCAUGGGAUGGCGUGCGCAGCCACGAGGCCAAGAACAUUAUGAAGGAGAAGAUGAAGCUUGGCGACAAGGUGCUGUUCUAUCACAGCAACUGCAAGGUGCCAGGUGUCUACGCCUUGGCUGAGAUCUCCAAGGAGGGCUAUCCAGACUACACAUCCUGGGACCCCUCCCACCCCUACUUCGAUGCCAAGUCGGACCAGUCCAAUCCAACAUGGUACAUGGUCUCUGUGCGCUUCAUCGCGCGUCUGCAGCACCCCGUCACGCUCUCCUUCAUCAAGUCGCUGGUUGGCAAGGCGGCGCCGCCUGGGCCGAUUUCGUACAUCGGCGCAGCGGGUCUCAAGGCUAUCCAAAGCAUGGCGUUGAUCAACCGCGGCCGUUUGAGUGUCCAGCCUGUCGAGCAAGGCGCGUACGACGCUAUCGUUGCCCUUGGUCAGAAGGGCGGCUUUGUGGAGGAGGCCAAGACGCCCAAGAAGAGGGCACCGAAGGAGGACAAGCCCGCGAAGACCGAUGCGGUCACGGCUGACGGUGACGAGAAACCGGCGAAGAAGGCCAAGACGGAGCCCAAGCCCAAGGCCGAGUCUAAGCCCAAGGCUGCCAAAGCUGAACCCAAGCCCAAGACCGAACCCAAAGCCGCACCACCUCCUUCCAACGGUACGCGCCGCAGCACGAGAUUAGCAAAGUAGACCGCCCAUUCGCCUUCACUUCAGUGCAUCUU